ACAGUCACGUGUGCAUUUAAAAAGGCGGGCCAUGGCCUAGUAGGGAAGGGGCCCGCGGAGACCCUCAGACAAGCGACAGUAAGGGAUGAGGGACCUUGAAGGCAGACCCAAGAAACUGAUCCCUGAAAGCAAGGAAGAGCUUUCAGGAUGAAGGGCAGUCGCACCUCCCUGCCUUUCCUCGUGUGGUUCCCUUCACCCUGAGUGAAGCUCGCUACCAUUUCUCCAUCUAUGCGAAUCCUAAUCGUGCACCUCCUCAAGGAAGCUCUCCUGGGUUCCCCAAUCACAGUUUAUUCCUCCCUCUCUCGACCCCUAAACACCCUUGUCGGCCUGUAACUAUAAGGAAAGAGAAUGCACUUUUGAAGACAAGGUUCUUGGUAUUGCGGAGGGGCUGAAGAAGCUUCGCGGCCCCUUCCAAGGAGGCCUAAGGGGGCCCGGGCAGGGGGGAAGCCGCUGUGCCAGAGCCUGCCUGCCACUGGCCUUUACCCGCUCAGUCCCGCUCUCCUGCCAAACUCGCCUUUCCAAGGCCCCGACCCCGACCCCGCGCACCCCGCCUACGCCCUGCCCAGUCCAAACUCCGGGCCUGGGCGAGGCACUCACUAAUCUGUGGCUGGACCGGCAGCUGGGCAGCCUCUCGGUGAAAAGCAGCGCGCCUGCAGCCGGUAGCGCAAAAAAAAGACCCGUGAGCCCACCAUGCGGCUGGACCGACUUCGCGCGCGGCUGAGCGCCGUGGCCUGUGGGCUUCUGCUUCUCCUCAUGCCGGGCCAGGGCCAGGACUCUGCCAGCCCCAUCCGGACCACGUACACGGGGCAGGUGCGGGGGAGCCUCGUGCAUGUGAAGGGCACUGACGUGGGGGUCCACACCUUCCUGGGAAUUCCCUUUGCCAAGCCGCCUCUAGGGCCACUGCGAUUUGCACCCCCUGAGCCCCCUGAAUCUUGGAGUGGUGUAAAGGAUGGGACCUCCCACCCAGCCAUGUGUCUGCAGAACUUUGCUAGAAUGGAUUCAAUAGCCCUGAAACUGUGGAAUGUGUCCCUGCCUUCCACCUCCAUGUCUGAAGACUGCCUGUACCUCAGCAUCUACACACCUGCCCAUACCCACGAGGGCUCCAACCUGCCUGUGAUGGUGUGGAUCCACGGUGGUGCGCUUGUGCUGGGCAUGGCCUCCAUGUAUGACGGCUCCGUGUUGGCAGCCUUCGAGGAUGUGGUGGUGGUCAUUAUCCAGUACCGCCUGGGUGUUCUGGGCUUCUUCAGCACUGGAGACAAGCAUGCAGCUGGCAACUGGGGCUACCUGGACCAAGUGGCUGCCUUACGCUGGGUCCAGCAGAAUAUCGCCUACUUUGGAGGUGACCCUGGCCAUGUGACCAUUUUUGGCGAGUCUGCGGGUGGCACAAGUGUGUCCUCACACAUUGUGUCCCCCAUGUCCCAAGGACUCUUCCACCGUGCUAUCAUGGAGAGUGGCGUGGCCCUGCUGCCUGACCUCAUCGCCAACUCAUCUGACGUGGUCUCCACAAUGGUGGCCAACCUGUCUGCCUGUGGCCAGAUUGACUCAGCGGCCCUGGUGGACUGCCUGCGGGGCAAGAGUGAAGAGGAGAUUCUGGCCAUCAACAAGGCCUUCAAGAUCAUCCCCGGCGUGGUGGAUGGGAUCUUCCUGCCCAGGCACCCCCAGGUGCUGCUGGCUUCUGCCGACUUUCAACCUGUCCCCAGCAUCAUUGGUGUCAACAAUGAUGAAUAUGGUUGGAUCAUCCCCUCGGGCAUAGGCACCUCUGACACCCAGAGGGAAAUGGACAGAGAGACCAUGAAGGCUGUUCUGCAGAAAACAUCAGCAAUGACGAUGUUGCCUCCUGAGUUUGGUGACCUGGUGAUGGAGGAGUACAUGGGGGACAGUGAGGACCCCCAGACCCUCCAAAUCCAGUUCCAUGAGAUGAUGGGGGAUUCCAUCUUCGUGAUCCCUGCACUCCGAGUAGCAAAUUUUCAGCGUUUCCAUGCCCCCGUCUACUUCUACGAGUUCCAGCAUCGGCCCAGCUUCUUCAAGGACGUCAAGCCACCCCAUGUGAGGGCAGACCACGGCGAUGAGGUUUUCUUUGUCUUCGGAAACUACCUCUGGAGCAGCUACAUUGAAAUCACUGAAGAGGAGGAGCUGCUGAGCAGAAAGAUAAUGAAGUACUGGGCCAACUUUGCCCGAAACGGGAACCCCAACGGUGAAGGUCUGCCCCACUGGCCCAUGUUCGACCAGGAGGACCAAUACCUGCAGCUGAACCUGCAACCUGCAGUGGGCCGGGCCCUGAAGGCCCACAGGUUCCAGUUCUGGACGAAGACCCUGCCCCAGAAGAUCCAUGAGCUAAUGCAGGCCAAGGAGAAGCACACAGAGCUGUAGCUCCCUGUGUUGGAGAUGAGGGGGUAGAGGUGGGCUUGAGUGCAGGUAGGGGUCUGCCAGAUGUGCCCACACACAGUGAGGAGCCACUAAUUUUUUCCUUCAUUCACACAGCCAUUCGUUCAUCCUUCCAUUCAUCCAUCCAGCAAACAUUAUUACGAAUCUACUGCAGGGGCCGGCCCCGUGGCUUAGUGGUUAAGUGCGCGUGCUCCGCUACUGGCGGCCUGGGUUCGGAUCCUGGGUGCACACCGAAGCACUGCUUCUCCGGCCAUGCUCAGGCCAUGUCCCACAUACAGCAACUAGAAGGAUGUGCCACUAUGACAUACAACUAUCUACUGGGGGUUUGGGGGAACAAAAAAGGAGGAGGAUUGGCAAUAGAUGUUAGCUCAGAGCCGGUCUUCCUCAGCAUAAAGAGGAGGAUUAGCAUGGAUGUUAGCUCAGGGCUGAUCUUCCUCACAAAAAAAAAAAAGAAUCUACUGCAUGAUGUUGGUUGCCAAGACUGUCAUGGAUCCUCUCUUGUCAGACACACUCAAUAAAUUUUCCCACAAAGCUGUGGAUGGGCAAACCCCAAUGGAAGUUCACAUUCCCCAACACCCCACUGGGCCCCAGGCCUCAUCCUCCCUUCCUCACCUCCACCCACUCCCCAACCUCUCUCUCCUCUCCCUUGGAAGGAGGGUGCUUUAGGGAAUGUUGCCCGCACUUGGCUCUCAGCAAGCCCCACAUGCUCUUGUAUCUGUAAGUGGCCAAUAGAAAACCUGGACACCAGGAGCCUGGGAGCUCUGAGAUCUCAGCCACGGAGGCUACCAACUACUGAGAAUGUAAAAGUCCCUGUCCUCACCCAUUGUCCCCCUAGAUUAAAUGUCAUCUAUCAUUGACAUUUAAACAACCCACUCACUCACUUAUCAUUUUCCCACGGAAGUGACUGGCCCCAUUUUUUGUAAGAAGCAGGACUGGGCCUGUCCAUGGGCCCCUGAAGCCUGGGCCAGCUAUGCGGUGGCCAGGAGCACCAGGCAGGUUCCUCAGUCACCUGCCUCUGGAAGUUUACCUUUGUUCUCAGUGGUUAUGCAGACACUGUAGGGCCCAAACUUUAGACGAUUGUAGCACACGAGUGAAGAUGUUUAUCUGUGGGAUAUUUCCUGGAAGUAAGAUUGAGAGGUCAGAGGUCCAGGCAUAGCUAGGAGAAGAGACUCUUGUCCCCUGGCUCCCAAGGGCCUCUCCAUCCAGGGAGGUCUCCUCUUGCCUUUUGAAAUUCCCCUUGCCACCCCCCACAACCGCCCCUUCUGCUGAGCAUCUUCCAACUCACCGUGGGCAUCCACAUGAUUAGUUUUCCUAUUUACCUCAUUGUUUUCCCUAAACGUUGCUCCCCUCCCCCCAAAAAAAAACCCUCUCUUAUAUUUUAUCCCAGCAUGCGAAGGUACCAAAUUGUGUUCACCCUGCCUCUUUGUUCCACCAAAGCACUUUCUCUCUGUCACUAGGAGGCAAUGUCCCUCUUCUCAUAGACCCAGGACUCCCUCUAGGCCCCUACCUCUGACCAGCUUGCCCUCUCCAGGCACUAGAUUUCUCAAGAGGAAAGUUCCCCUUCUUUCUCUGCACUGUGUUUACGUCCAACCAGAGAGCCUCCUUGAAGUUGGGCGUGAAAGAUGGAAAUUCCUGCAUUGCCUGCUGUGGCCACCAGAUGGCAGACAAGGAUAACCUUAAGCCUGAACUGGCUGGAACCGGGAGAGGGAAGGAGCUUUCUUUUUAGUGAACACUGACUGGUGCAUAAUGCUUCCUCUGCAUCCUGAAAGCAUUUGUUAAGCACUCAUGGUAUGCAUGUGUCUGUGUGUUUUUCAGUCCUGCAAAUGCACAGUAUACUUCCCAAAAGUGGGUUCCCAGGACUAGUUUUUAGGUCUAGUUUUAGUAAUCUUAUUUUUUAACAGCUUUAUUGUGGAAUAAUUUACAUACAAUUAAAUUCAUCCAUUUUACGUAUACAGUUUGAUAAAUUUGGGUCCAGUGUAUAUGAUAUACAACCACCAUCACAUCAAGUUUUAGAAUGCUUCCAUUGCCCCAAAAAGGUCCUUCGUGCUCCUUUGCAAUAAAUCAUUUCCCUGACCCCGGUCCCAUGCAACCACCGAAUUGCGUCCUCUUGCUGUAAUUUGCCUUUUCUACAAUGUCAUAGAAAUAGAAUCACUUUUUAGUGGCUUCUGUCACUUAGCAUAACGUUUUUGAGAUUCAUCCAGUAGUUCUUUUCUUUCAUUGCUGAGUAGUAUUCCAUAAAUCAUAUGCCACAUUUUAUCUCUUCAUCAGUUGAUGGACAUUUGAGUGAUUUCUACUUUUUUGGCUAUUUUUAAUAAAGUUGUUAUGAUCAUUU